AUGUCUAGAAGCGUCUACUCGAACGAGCAGUUCAUGAAUCCCGGCCCGGCGCCCCGGCCGCCCACAGACAAGCCUCGCCUCGGCCUUAUGCCAAAUGUGAGCCUCACGAACAGCAUGUCCAACCUGAGCAUUUCCUCGCCGAUAUCGAGUACCCACAGCGGAUCGACCUAUAGCGGAUCGACCAUACCCCUCCCAAUCUCUCGGCAAGGGUCCAACAAUUUCAACGGCUCCGGCGGCGUUGCCGUCAUCAAGCAAGGCUAUGUCGGCCUGCCCAGCAAGAAUCCCUUCCAGCAAUGGAAGAGCAGAUACCUCAUCCUCCGCCAGGACAAUCUCGAUUUUCACAAGAACGAGAACGGCAAGUGGCUAUACAAGAUUCAGCUUUCCGAUGUCCUCAGCGUCGAUCGCGUCCCUGACGACAAUGGCGACCCCGUCUUUGAGAUCCGGAGGACCUUAACGAAUUCGUACCCUGGCCCGCCUGGCGACGACGACAACGGUGUGAGAUCCCUACGCAUCUGCGUCAAGACGGAUGACGAGCUGUACGAGUGGAUCGACUGCAUUUAUGCUCGCUGCCCAGGCGGCGUUAGCAACCCCUCCAACUUCUCCCACGCAGUCCAUGUUGGCUUCAACCCCCAGACGGGGCAGUUCACAGGUUUGCCAGAGGAGUGGACCAGGCUGCUCAACUCGUCCGCCAUCACCAGGGAAGAUGUGGAGAAGAAUCCCCAGGCUGUCUUUGAAGUGCUUGAUUUCUACUCCGACAUGACGAAGCGCGCAGAGAACAACGCCGAUCCGUAUGGCAGCCCCAUGCCUAUGGCACCACAAAACACAAUCCAGAAGGACCAGUACGGCUACCCGAGCGGCACCUCGGUCGCACCCCCCCGACAGGUGAAGCCCAUCCAACGAAGCCCUGCAUCCUACACCACCACCCCGUCACCGCAGCCGCUUGCCACACCGCCGCCCCGAGUAGAACAACCGUCCCCGCAGGUGCAGCAACUGCAGGGCGUUUCCCCCAACUACAUUUCGGCAGACCGAAUGCGGGAGGAGCAGCGUGCCCGGGAACUGGAACGGCAACGGGCGGAACGGGAGGAGCGGGAGCGUCGUGAGCUCGAGGCUUACAAUGCGUCACUCCCCAAGACAAAAGUUCCGCUUGCUCAACAAGAGAUUGGGGGCGGUUAUAUUGGUUCGCCAAUUCCCGCUGACCGGUAUAACCCAACUCGCGCAGCUCCUAAGGCGCCUACUCCUCAGGCUCAGUCCGUCAGGGCCCAACGACCGGCGCCUGCUCCGCCGGCCAGUUCUUCAUCCCCAUCUCGCCCACCUCUCGCCCAGCAAUCCAGCUCUACCUCGACGCGCGAGCCCCCAGCCCAGGCGCAGAGGACUCCUCGGCCAGACCAGACCACCGGCUCUUCAACCACUGCUCGGUACCCCAACGGAGCGCCAGCACGGCCUCAAAACGGUCAGCCUCAAGCGCAACCACAGUCUCGCCUGCCGGCGCCUGUGAAGCCCCUGAAUGUCUCCAAGCCCGGCGGGAACUCGGAGGCCGUCAAGGCUGCAGAAGCUGCCCUGACUGCCAAACCCGCGCCGUCGGAGCGCAAGCAUGACGUGCGCAUGUCGACAAUGUCGGAGAGCGAGGUGAUGGCCAAGCUGAGGGAGGUUGUCUCCAAGGACGACCCCAACAGGCUCUACGCGAAGCAGAAGAAGAUUGGCCAGGGUGCAUCCGGCUCGGUCUAUGUUGCCAAGGUUGUGGGUUCAAGGCCUGGGGCUCCCAUGAGCCAGCUCAAGACACGCAGCAGCGACCGCGUGGCGAUUAAGCAGAUGGAUCUCGCCCAUCAGCCGCGCAAGGAACUGAUUGUCAACGAGAUCCUGGUUAUGCGGGAGAACAAGCACGCCAACAUUGUCAACUUCUUGGAUGCCUUCCUGAUGGACAACGACAAGGAGCUUUGGGUGGUCAUGGAGUACAUGGAGGGUGGCGCUCUGACGGAUGUCAUUGAGAACAACCCCGUCAUCACGGAGGAGCAAAUUUCCACCAUCUGCCUCGAGACAUGCCAAGGUCUUGAGCAUCUGCACUCGCAGAACAUCAUCCAUCGUGACAUCAAGAGCGACAACGUCCUGCUGGACGCCCGCGGAAAUGUCAAAAUCACCGAUUUUGGCUUCUGCGCCAAGCUGACGGAGACCAAGUCGAAGCGAGCCACUAUGGUUGGCACGCCGUACUGGAUGGCACCCGAGGUGGUCAAGCAGAAGGAGUACGGGCCCAAGGUGGACAUCUGGUCGCUCGGCAUAAUGGCCAUCGAGAUGAUCGAGUCGGAGCCGCCGUACCUCAACGAGGAGCCGCUCAAGGCGCUGUAUCUGAUUGCGACCAACGGCACGCCGCGGCUCAAGAAGCCCGAGAAACUCAGCAAGGAGCUCAAGGCGUUCUUGAGCGUUUGCUUGUGCGUCGACGUCAAGAGCCGCGCGUCGGCGCAGGAGCUGCUCAAUCAUGACUUUUUGAAGCAUGGUUGUCCGCUGGCUAGUUUGGCGGAUCUGUUGGCGUUCAAGAGGGUUGCGAAAUAA